AUUGUCGCAGGCUUCGGGUCCCUGUCGGCUGGACAGUGCCGCUGCCGCCGCCGCCAUGUUUGGCUGUUUGGUGGCGGAGAGGCUGGUGGAAACAGCUGCACAGCAAGUGGCAGAGGAUAAAUUUGUUUUUGACUUGCCUGAUUAUGAAAAUAUCAACCAUGUUGUGAUUUUUAUGCUGGGAACAAUCCCAUUUCCUGAGGGAAUGGGAGGAUCUGUCUACUUUUCCUAUCCUGAUUCAAAUGGAAUGCCAGUAUGGCAACUCCUAGGAUUUGUCACCAAUGGGAAACCAAGUGCCAUCCUCAAAAUUUCAGGUCUUAAAUCUGGAGAAGGAAGCCAACAUCCUUUUGGAGCCAUGAAUAUCGUCCGAACUCCAUCUAUUGCUCAGAUUGGAAUUUCAGUGGAAUUAUUAGACAGUCUGGCUCAGCAGACUCCUGUAGGCAAUGCUGCUGUGUGUUCAGUUGAUUCAUUCACUCAGUUCACACAAAAGAUGUUGGACAUCUUCUACAAUUUUGCUUCAUCAUCUGCUGUGUCUCAGGCCCAGAUGACACCAAGUCCCUCUGAAAUGUUCAUUCCAGCAAAUGUGGUUCUAAAAUGGUAUGAAAACUUUCAAAGACGACUAGCACAGAAACCUCUCUUUUAGAAAACAUAAUUCAAGUAAAAUUUUUAAUGGAU